AUGAUUUGCCUAGACUCUGACUCAGAUUCAGAUGCUGACCUAGCUCUUAUUAUGGCAAGCAAACAUUAUGCUCCCAGCAAUGGCAAAACGGGUGAUUUCAUGAAACGAAAUCUUCGAGAAUCCGAAGGAUCUUUGGAUUGUUCUACCAAGAGUAUAGGUUCUACUUCCCCAAGGAAUACCAAUCCAACUGGCAUUGCCAACAUGAGCCUGAGCCACGCUAAUCUUCGUCGGUCGAGUAGAGGUCAUAUCGUAACUUCAACUUACAGCAAACUGAAGGCUCCACCUUCUUACCCCAGUCAUAUUCAAAGAAAGGUCGAUGAGUUCACAGCAGAAGAGCGGCAACAAGCCGAAUCGAAGAAGCGCAGUAGUUUGCGACGAAAUGGAGAGAAGCCAAAGCGGAAGAUUUCUAUGUCCACUUCACUUGAAAUGCCGGAAAGUCUUCUAGAUAUUGAUGCACAUAGAACAUCUGUCAUUACGCAGGAUGUGGAUGAAACAGCCACUCACUCAAAUGAAUCUGGUGAUGAAGAUAUUUCUGUACACAAAGCUGAAAAAAGCGUAUCGCCAGCGGGUGGGGAUAGCGAUGCCACCUUGUCGCUAAGCCAAGAAUCUGUAUCGUCUACAAGCUGCGACGAAGAUCAUAGCAAAUCCUCUUUGCUGACGAAGGAGGAGAAGAAAGCACCGAGUGAAGUGGACGUCUCAUCUCCUUUUGAGCCCACAGGCAGACAGUUUGAUGAGCUGGGGACAAGCCAAGGUGAUCCAAUUGAACUCAGCAGUGACAGCGAGGUGGAAAAUGAGGAAAACAAUCAUGGAGAUUCCAACUUGAAUCUUAUUCAAUCAGAAGGGCGACCAGAAGGUCUUCAUCCACAAGGCCUCGAUUCGACCUCCAGUCGCUUUCCAAGGAAAUGUAAAAAUGAGAGAUGGAAUGACGAAGAAAAGAAGAAGUACAAAAAUGAUCAUCCUUGUAUUGGUACGAAAGGACGUCCAAUUAAGUCAGUCCACAGGGAUAGGAAAUGCGAGUCUUGUGGCUACUGCCGUACCUGCACCAGUCCACCCUGGUGUACAACGAGGGAGUUGCAUUCAUUUAAAGAAGAACAGGAACAAAAAAUAUGUACUCCUAACAUUACCACGAAGGACGCUCAGCCCUAUCUCGCCACUCCUUAUCGGAGAGCAGAAAGAAAGCGACAGGUUGUUUCGUUGAGUCCAACGCGAAAAGUGUCAUCGAAACGAAAACACUCUGUUGACGAGAAAGCAUCCAGAAAAAGUGCAAAGGGCUGUGCGACUCAAGGAAAAGAUGAGAUGAUGAUACCGCGAACAUUGGAGGAAAUCUCUACUCGUCGGGACAGCAAAAAAAGAAGCCCAUAUAAGUUGGCAGUGAGUCCAACAAAAGACAAAAAGAAACGAAAGCACAAGAAGAAGAAGAAGAAAUUUACGAAGCAAGGUGAUGAUGAAACGCAGAAAAUCUUUUUGUUCCUAGCUGAAAGAGUGAUGAAGUGCGAGAAAGAGUUGGACGAGCGAAAGCAUUUCAAAACGGAAAUCCCACCAGCGUUGGCCGGAUCUGAGGAAACCAAUCCUCAACAACAUUUGGGUAUCCCUAGAAACUCUGCCCAGGCAUCGUCUAUCAAUUUUAUCGCACCCGAAGACUUGCAGAGAGCAGUUGAAGGGGCUUUGCAAAAUAUUUCGCUCGUGGAGAGGACACCAUUUGCAACAACUGGGUUUGCUGUGCGCGAUGAUUCCAUAGUGAAACCUGUAUCAGAAUACACGGAAAAUGGCCGAGCCGUGCCUUAUUUCAGCCAAAGCGCUCAAGUUGUGACAACAUCUGUAGAUGAGCAGGUCUUUCCGGCCUCACAAAUACCCAUACAAGCAAGUGAAGUGAAAGAUAGAGGAAAUCAAGAUGGAAGAGACUUGUUCAAUGACGCUGGAGGCACGGAUUCAUAUCAAGAACCCCCCCGCGCUGCCAUUGGAGGGCGAGAAACUCAGAGGAUGGAAGGUAUUGGAAGUACCCAAAAUACAAAUGAAAUAGCCACGAAACAAGACUCCAGAGGGAAAAACGACAGCGAGACAAUUCGCAGGCUUCGACAACAAAGAGACGAAAGUGAAGCAGCUGUGAGUUCAAAAUUUCAGCGGGUGCUACAGCAACGCAAUGGUAGUAUGGAAGUUGAGUCGCGGUCUAGCGAACUUACUCGUCAUGGUACUGAGUCACCACAACAAUUGAAUGAAUAA